UGAGCUGGGUAUAUAAGGACUGAGCAUGUGUUUCCCCUUCAGGCCUUAAUCCUGGACAAGUCACUCUUCUUGGCAUUUCUGGAAAAUAAUUCUGCCCUAACGUUCCUGGCUUAGUGUCCUGGGCUGGUUCCACAUGCAUCUUUGAAGAAACUGGCAUUGGGUGGGUGGUCUUCAUGCAUCUGUUCCUGCUCACCCUCAGAUGGUCCAGUGCUGAGAAAUAAGGCAGGACCUUUGACUCGUCUUUCAAACUCCUUCAACAGACCUCUCACAGAAGCUUUGAAUGUUGGAUGUUUUGAUGGGAAGAGGAGCAAAGGUAACAGCAGGAAAGACAAGCCCACGGAAGGUCACUGACCUGAGAUUCCUGCUACCCUCCAUGGCUUCAUCCAACUUCUCCCAGAACAUCUGCAACGUGACUUAUGAAGACAGCAAGAUAUUACUGAUUACAAUGUACAGUACUGUCUGUAUAUUGGGCUUUCCCACAAAUUGUUUCACUGCCUGGUUUUCCCUCUUGCAGGUGCUACAGGGGAAUGUAUUGGCCAUAUACCUCUUGUGCUUGGCCAUCUGUGAAAUCUUCUAUGUGGCAACCUUACCCUUCUGGAUUGUUUACAUUCAGAAUGGUCAUGAAUGGAAAAUGGGUUUUCUGACCUGUAAGAUAAUUGCCUUUGUAUUUUUCUGUAACAUCUAUGUCAGCAUUUUAUUUUUAUGUUGUAUUUCUUGUGAUCGUUUCAUUGCUGUGACAUAUGCCUUGGAAUCCAGAGGGUUUCGAAAUCUAAAAACAGCUGUGUUCAUUUCGAUAACAAUCUUCUUAAUUGUGGGAGUAGUUCACUAUCCAGUUUUUGAAACAAAAGAAAAUAAAACUUGUUUUGAGACCCUUCCAGUAAACAGUCAGAUAGCUAGUUAUUAUUACUCUCGCUUCGUAGUAGGGUUUGCCAUCCCUCUCUCCAUCAUCAUUUUCACCAACUACAAGAUCUUUAGAAGCAUAAAAACCAGCACAAGCUUGAGUGCACACCAGAAGGCUAAGGUGAAAUACUUGUCUAUUUCUAUAGUUUCAAUUUUCCUGGUCUGUUUUGCUCCCUAUCAUCUGGUACUUCUCAUUAAGGCGGCAAUCUUUUCCUAUUAUGAAGAGGAAAGAAAGGUGUGUCCUUGGGAAGUUCGUAUGUAUACCCCUUCGGUUAUAUGCCUAUGCCUGUGCACUUUCAACAGCAUAGCAGACCCCAUCAUCUAUGUGCUAGCCAGUGAGAAAGGCAGAAAGGAAUUGUCUCGUUUUCACAAAGGAUGGAAACAAUGGUCCUCAAAGACUGACAACCUAAAAAGUUCAAAGGAUAUGGAGGAGUUAACACCAGAACCUGUGAACUGCUAUCAGCUUUCUGAUACCCCACGUUCUGGAGUGGUGCAACCAGACUGCGAGACCUUGUGUUUUUAAGAAGCAGGGAGAGUCUAACAGUUAAAGAAGUGCCAGACUAUGACAUUCUCUUCACAGCAUCUAAAGAACCAUGUUCUGUGGAAACCUGUGUUUUGGGCCGGGAACAUUCUCUACUCUGCAAUGUCCACAAAACAGUCAGGGUCACUGCGAUAGACUUUGAAGUGCCAAGGGAAAGGUUAUUGCCAGCAAGGGGCAAGCCUCUUAUCAUUUGAUUUGGGCUUUAAAGGAUGGGAAGGGAGAACACUCCAUACAUAUGGAACAACGGGAGCAAAGGUGCUAAACCGGGAGCCCAUGUGUAGGCAGAGACAGAAAAUCAGGCUUUGCCCUCAUCUCAGCACAAGAUUCCUUCCCCAGUGAUUUUACCAUGAAAGAUCAAAGAAAGGGAGAGAGGGAGUAACUCCAGGGCAGCAACAAUAGCAAGGUUUCGGGGACUACUGUGAGGUCAGAAUAACCAGAAUAGUGAAGAGAGACUUCUUUGAGAUACCUAAGGAACAAAGAGCAUCUGACACCUUUAAGAUACUGUAAAUUGUAUGUGAGAAAUUAGUACUAAUAAGUAAUAUCUUGGGGAGAUUCAGAGCUCCCCUCUCUUCCAAAGUUCUGAGUUUAAGUCUAGUUUUCUUGUUGGACAUUACUGAUAAUGAGAUUCUUUGUCAGACCCCGCCCAAUCUUACUGGGAAUUUAAUCUAAGGUGGGGAAACCCAUUGUGUUGUUCUCAAACUUAGGUGGAGACAGAUCCUUUUGUCCACCACCUCUGAGUAGAGAUAAUUCUCUGUACAAGUGUCGCUCUCAGCCAUCCAUUGAAAAGGGUAUAAAAAUUCUUUGAAUCAAUGGCCUAAAACUAUGGGUGAUCUGAUAUAGAGAUACUUUCCCUAAGAGAUACUCAACCCUUUAUUUUUUGAUGGCCCACCUCCAAUCACAUUAACCAAUUAGAUUUGAUUGCUGUUUGAUGAACCACCUACUGUUUUGAAGGGUAGAUAAACUGUGAGUCAGCCACCAUAAUUGUCUUUGGUCUAAGAGAGAUGGUCAAAUGAUCAUCCUUUUAUUAAUAACCUGCUGGCCUCAUUAAUAAAGUUAUUAAAUUACCCAGAAAUAUAUCUUGAACCUUUUUAAACCUCGUGUUGUGACAAUGUCAAACCUUCAAUGACCUCUACAAACAUUUACAAAGUGGGUAGUCAGUUAACAUUCACGAAAAAUGACUUUAUUUGUUGUAAGUCCUUUCAAUUCAAUAAAUGUUAU